AUGACAAUCAACGAGCAAGUACUAUUGAACGGAUUCUGUGAUGAAGAUGGAUUAAAUGACAAGUUAUCAAUAAUCAAUCAACAACAACAAGAACCGUUACUAUUUGUCACACAACUAUCUAAAGAUUCGAUAAAACAUCAUGAACAAACGCCACAAAAUUUAAAAUUAACUAAUCCUGAUCAUGAUCAUUCAACGACUAUUGAUCCAUUAGUACAACCAUUGUUUGGAACUCAAGAAUCGUUAAAAGAUAACGAUGAUACACCCGAAACAAUUGAUUUAAAACAACACACAUCUUCAAUACUGUUUUUAGCUACAUCAACGACCAAAUGUCAAUUAAAAUCAAUGCCAACAUUUCUAAAACGUUUCAGUGGCAUACUUUAUGCAUUAGCAGCCUCAUUUUUGUUUACAUGUUCAACAUUUAUUAUCAAAUACUUACAAGUUGAUUUUUUUGCUGCUCUACUCUUUCGAUUUAUAUUACAAGAAACAAUUUUGAUAAUAUUUAUUGUCCUUAAACGUUAUCGGUUAUUUGAUGGUACACCAAAACAAUUAUUUUUACAAUUUAUACGAGCAAUAUUAGCUGCAAGUGGUCUUAUACUAUUUUAUUUGAGUUAUCGUUAUAUAGCAUUACCAGACUUGACAACCGUACGUUAUACACAAGUGAUCUGGACGGCUAUUAUUGCCAUGAUCAUAUUUCGUGAAAAAAUAUCAAUACCCACUAUUUUAGCUAUUAUUUUAACUCUUACCGGCGUAAUAUGCGUUGCACAACCUACGUUCAUUUUUAAAAAAGUGCCAAGUAACAUUUCAACAACAAUGAUAAAUAAUGUCACAUCCAAUUUUCAUAUUGAAAACAUCAAAAUUGAUAAACUAAAACGUAUGAUAGGUUUAUGGCUCGCUCUACUAUGUGCCUUAUCAAUAUCAUUGAGCAUUGUGUUGAAUAAAAAAUUAUUAACAUAUAAAAUUAAACAAAGUAUUGUCGUAUUUCAGUUUUCUUCGGUAACAUUAAUUAUAUUGAUCAUAAAUCAAAUACGUAAUCAUUUUGUUUUACAUAUGUACGACGGACCAAAACCAUUGUUUACAUGGCAAUUUUCAGUAGCCGCCACCGUUAGUUUUGUACAAGUGGGAUCUUCUUUAAUGACUCAAAAAGCAAUUAAACUUGAACAUCCAUCAAUAGUUACUGUUGUUCAAAGUUCAGACAUCUUAUUUGCAAUUAUUCUACAAAAUUUAAUGACAAACAUGAAAUCAAAUUGGGUAGUUUUACUCGGAUCAAUGCUCGUUAUUACAAGCAUCUUUCUCGUCGGUGGACAUAAGCUCUAUCAAGAUCGAUACAAACGAAAUGAUUUACUUAUCCUAAAUGCAAUAUCGACAACAGCAACAAAAGCAUAA